AUGUUUUUAAUAAACAUGUAUCGCCAAGUUCGUGUUAAUGAUGAAUAUUCAGCAAUAACUAAAACAUAUUGGAAAUUAAUAGAGGAUGAAUUUAUUCCAACAAUUUUAAUUCGAGCUGGGGAAAGAUUUACGUUGAUUGAGGUAUCAUUGCCUAUAUUUUUUGCACCAGACUUGUCCUUAUUUUCAUCGUUACAACAUAAAAAUUCAAAAGUUGCAUUAAAACCAAUUUGUCCUUUGUUUGGUCAAGAAAGUCUUCAGAUUCUGGAUUUACCGGUUGACGGAUUUUCUGAUAGAAACGGGAAUGUGCCUGUACCCGGAACCUUGUAUUGUGUUCGAGUUCAAAUUUCAUUUACUCCUGGACUUAUUCCAAUAUGGACGUAUAAUGAAAAUUAUGUUGGAACUCUAGAUUCUUUUCAUUGGACUUCAGCAUUUAUGGCGGAGAACUCUAUCAGUACAGACAUUUUCAAAUCUUAUCGUGUAGAUGGACUUGUUAUAGAGAAAAUUGUUCGAAUGACAAGACAAAGAAAGAUUUUGAAUUAUUACUUUAUACUUCAAGAAAAUGCUAAAGAGUUUCCUCCACGUUUGGCAAUUGCUGUUGGACACGAUGCAGAUAAAUAUGGAGGGGGGAAGUCUUUGGAUGUUGGGGAUUGGAUUAGCUUUUUGCCUAUGUGAGUGGUUCU